UUUUUUGGCCCCAGCGCUAACAGCGACAGAACCAGACGUAUUACUGCUAGGUACAACAAGAACAAAUAUGAUUGUGAUUCCCAUAAAGGAUUCUCAUUCAUCCUAGUGCUACUGGACUGGUAACUACCGCUGAUUUUGUUGACCACGACUCGUGUGGCCGCUGUGUUUAUUGAAUGGGCACAUAUUUUGAACACUAGAGGACCAAAAUUUUCGCGCCGAGAUGAAAAAGCAACUGAAGACCAAAGCCCGCCCCUUCGACUGGGGCAAGCAGGAGCUGGAAAAGGUUUGCGUGCGGAUCGCUUAUUUUGGGAAAAACUACCACGGCCUGGCGUUCCAGAGCAAGGAAAACCAGCCCACCAUUCAGCCGACCAUCGAGGAGAAAAUAUUUGAGGCCAUGGAAAAGACGAAGCUGUGGAAAAGUUUGGAGGAAGCGAACUAUUCCCGCUGCGGCAGAACCGACAAAGGUGUGCACGCAGCGGGGAACUAUUUCGCCUGCCUGAUGCGGAAGGUUGGGCAGAACCAGUCGAACAGCAGUCCUGAGAGGACCACACGAUCAGUAGCUGCAAAUCAAGAAGCUGAAAGCAGAAUACCAGCGAACAACAAGCCCGACUUUCGCAUCAAAAUGCUGAAUGGAGUCCUGCCGAAAGACAUCCGCGUGCUGCAGAUUUACCCCGUCCCGGACACCUUCGACGCGCGGUUCUCCUGUCUGUUCAGGAUCUACCGCUAUUUCUUCGUCACAAAGCCCACUGCACGAACAACCACGAGAGCAAGCGAUGUAACAACGGAGAAUUCCGCUGCACAGUUGAUGCACCGAAACCUCGCGAACAUGGAGAAGGCGGCCAACUACUUGGUCGGCGAGCACGACUUCCGGAAUUUUUGCAAGAUGGAUUUGGAGCAAACGACGAACUUUGUGCGCCGGGUCCUGUCGGUGUCUUUGACCGCGCACCCGCAGUUUUCGGGCGUGUACCAGGUGGAAAUCCGGGGCAUGUCCUUUCUGUGGCACCAGAUCCGGUGCAUCAUGACGAUCCUGUUUCUGGUUUUGGAGGAAAAGGAGAAGCCCGAGAUCGUCCUGGAACUGCUCGACAUCAACAAGCACCCCCGGAAACCCAACUACGACCUGGCCGACGAGGCGGGCUUGGUGCUUUACGACUGCGUCUUCGACCAGGACAGCAUCGUCAGAAGGCCGAGCAGGAAAACAGAGCCAUCUUUUCCGAUGAAAAAUCAUGUAAGUCUAGUACUGCCCACGGCCACCACGGAGGACGAGGGCGGCGCGACGAGAUGUGUGGCGCCGAGUGCAGCUGAAACUAGUAAUAAAUGUGUCAAAAACACCACCACCACCACCACCACCACUUCUAGUAGUACGCCAAGUCCGUCCACGGUGUCAACGGCCUCAUUCAACACCACGCCUGGAUUUAUAAUGACGUCUCUCUCUGGGAAAUCAGUGGCUACUUGCUUAUCGGAAGAAAACAAUAAAAAUUCUAAGGCGUGCGAUCGCGAUGUCAAAUCUGCACCAGAGAUCAAACUGACACAAAAAUCCACUCCCGCCACGGCAAACACCGUGCACGGAAGUAAAGUGGUCCCGAACAACAAGUUCGGUAUAUGCCCUUCCGCCUGCGUGCCGUACCUGGAGCAGGCCACCGCAGCGCUGCGGGACGCUGCUGUGUUGCAGUGCUUAUCCGAAGCUGCGGGGAUCGCGGAAAUUCUGGAAGCAGAGGAAAGCAACCCGAGCAGCUCCUUAACGUCCGGAACGAUGACGAUGAGUUCUUUUUCCCGACAGACGCUCAACACGGCAUCCGCAUCGCACCAGGGGAAAUUUUCCUACACGCCCCUCCUGAACCGGUCGAAGGCGCCGUCGCUGGAGGAGAAACUGGCGACCUUUGACCAGAAGUCGGACAAGAAAAAACGCGAUUGCUCCACGCUGGUGAAUGACCGAGACGAAGAAAAACUCCUCAAAAUUCAAAAAGUUUUAGCCGCGGAGCAGGGGUAG